AUGGAAACAGGGCCAAAUCAAUCCCAAGUUCAAAGCACCUCAAGCCCGAACAUUACAGCGACGACAACUAAAUUCAUCGCAACAGAUGGAAGUGAGACACGUGAGGAAAUGACGCCCGAAUUAAGAGCCGUCAAGCUAACUCUUUACGUCAUUAUAUUUCUUGUAAGCGCUGUAGGCAAUUCCCUUGUCUGCUCAGUCAUUUUGCGGAGGAAAAAAAUGAAAACAGUGACGAACUAUUUCAUAUUAAACCUAGCGAUUGCCGACUUGAUUUUUACCUGCAUUUGUAUUCCCUUUGAUAUUCCAGUACAAGAGAUGGGACACCAAUGGCCCUAUGGUGCGCUGUUAUGCAAAGUCAUAUACCCUCUGCAAACUCUGUCACUUUUUGCGUCCAUUUUCACGCUGACGGCUGUCAGUUUAUCGCGUUAUUGGGCAAUAAAUCACCCGCUACGGCAACAGCUUACAAUUAAAUGUGCCAAAAGGAUAAUACUUGGGAUAUGGAUAGCGUCCCUCAUUUCUGUUACGCCUUACAUAAGUGUGUUAAGAAAAGACAGCGAGACAGCUGGCAAGUGCGAGGAACACUGGCCAAGUAAACAUUCGAGAAAAACCUACACAGCAUGGUUAUUCGUGUUUGAAUAUCUUUUGCCACUGACCAUUAUCGCGGGCGCAUAUAUAAGCAUUGGUUGGGAACUUCGAAAACGCGCGAAAAAUAGUAAUCGCUAUUUACAAGAUCUCCAAGCUGAGGAGACAAAGAAGGUGGUACGCAUGCUCAAAGUUGUAACACUACUGUUUGCAGUAUGUGUUUUACCAAACAAUGUCAUGUGGCUUUGGUUGGACUUUGGUAAAGCUGAAGAUGAAUACAGUAGAUUUUGGGAUCUAGUGGCGUUUUGUAACAUAAUAACAUUUGCGAACAGCGCGGCCAAUCCUAUUUGUUACAGCAUCUUGAACGAAAGUUAUCGCAACGCAUUCAAGGAUCAUUUGCUUAAACUAUACUAUAAGAUAACAGGGAACCCUUCACGAGUCCGAAAAGAUUUUUCACGAAUAAAUGACUCGGUAAACGUAAGUAGAAAAACAUACAGAUCAGCCACCAUGACUAGUUUGGGAAGCUUCAUUAUAAAGACAAGUAGAUCAUCGACUGUAACGAGUUCCGCUGGAAGUUUGUGUACGAAGAGAGAUCCAUCGCCAAUAAUGACUACUUCUGCUUUAUGA